AUGUAUGCAUUGCCUACUAGUGAUGAGGGUGACUGUUACCUGUGUGUUCCGCCUGACCCGGGCAUUGAGGCUUCUGCUCUAGGUGCUGGUGAGGCUGCUGCUCUAGGUGCUAGUGCGUCUGCUGCCCUAGGUGCUGGUGAGUCUGCUCUCUCAGGUACCACGUCGGCUCAGGCCUUACACACCUUCACCCUUGACUCGGGUGCUUCCCGCUCCUUCUUUCGAGACCGCACCACGCUUACGCCGCUUAGUCGGCCGGUUGCGGUCUCCCCGGCGGACCCCUCUGGGGGUCCUGUCCUUGCUAGCUUCUCCACUGUCUUACCAUGCCUUGCAGCCCCCUAUGGCACCCUGUCAGACUCUCCUUUGGCACCACCGCCUUGGUCACCCCUCCUUGCCUCGUCUCCGAGGCAUGGCCUCCCGUGUCCUUGUCUCUGGUCUCCCCCGGUCCCUCCCUCCCCUCCCUCCGGGGCCUGCCCCUACCUGCGUUCCCUGCAUCGAGGGGCGGCAGCGCGUCGCAUAGAGGCUGCCCUCCAGACUCUUCACAUGAACGUGUGGGGCCCCGCCCGCGUCCGUGGCCAGGGUCACGAGCAUUACUUCCUGUUGGUGGUUGACGACUACUCGCGUUACACCACGGUGUUCCCCUUGCGCAGCAAGGGUGACGUCACUAAGGUGUUGAUCGACUGGAUCCGCGCGGCUCGUCUCCAGCUCAGAGAGAGUUUCGGCUCGGACUUUCCAGUUCUGCGUCUGCACUCUGAUAGAGGCAGGGAGUUUUCCUCUGCCCGUCUGGGAGCCUUCUGUCGUGCACAGGGCAUUCGCCAGACCUUCACGCUUCCGACCUCUCCACAGCAAAAUGGGAAUGCUGAGCGCCGCAUUGGCAUGGUCAUGGACGUCGCUCGUACGUCCAUGAUCCAUGCGGCUGCUCCCCAUUUUCUGUGGCCGUUUGCGGUUCAGUACGCAGCACAUCAGCUCAACCUUCAGCACCGGGUCUCCUUGCCAGAGACCUCCCCCACCUUGCGGUGGACGGGGAAGGUUGGCGAUGCGUCUGCGUUUCGGGUCUGGGGAUCUCAGGCGUUUGUCCGCGACUUGUCUGCGGACAAGCUGCCCCCCCGUGCUUUUCCCUGCGUCUUCCUUGGCUUCCCCCCUGACGCGCCUGGUUGGCAGUUUUACCACCCCACCUCGCGCCGUGUUCUGUCCUCUCAGGACGUCACCUUUGAUGAGUCGGUGCCUUACUACCGUCUCUUCCCCUACCGCACUGCGCCCCUCCCCCCGCCGCCGCUCUUCCUUGCGCCAGGUCCUCCCCUGGUAGUCCCUCUCCCCCCUCGGGGUCCUGCCCCGUCAGGUGUGUCCCAGGUAGACGCAGUCAAGCCUGUCGAGGUAGCUGUUGUCAACACCUGA